CACGAGACAGGCAGCCGUGCCGCCUCAGAUGUCGCUCAACUGGGCCAUGCUCACUCCCGACGGACGACAGCCUGUCCCUCUGCCAGGCGAGAGCUUCGUCAUCAGUCUAGACUCCAUCGAUGUAAGCAUUCAGGCCGCUUCUGCCGAUCGCACGGUAGCAGCGCCUGAAUCGCGGGAGAUGAGAGCAAGGGGCAGGCUAUGGCUCAGUCCACGUCGAGUCGUCUUUGUAGCUUCUUCAGGCAACGCAUCGACUUCGAGCGAGCUCCGAUCGUUCUCUGUACCACUGACCAAGCUCCACGACAUGCGGUAUGUUCAGCCUUACUUCAGCGCCAAUCGUAUGGACGCCUGCGUGGUGCCAGUGCCCGGCGGCGGUCUCAGUACACCACAGUUGCUCAAGAUCAUCUUCAGCGGAUCGCCCGGCUUCAAAUUCUAUGAGCUUUUGCAAGACGCGAAAUCGAGAGCAAGCGCUGGAAAUUCGAAUGCAGAAGGAGAAGCCCUGCCCCUGUACGAGCCGCCUAACCCUCCAGCUGCGAUCGUGCAGCCAGAUGGUGCAGCAACGCAUGCACCCGAGACAGAGAGACCAACGGAGACGGCCGAACAACCACCACACGAUGGUCUGCCGCCGCCUGCGUAUGAUAUCUAGCCGAUCACGAGCCCGUCUCACGAGAUGACUGUAAUAUGUUGCACAUUCGAUCUGCAUUGUAGACUCAGUCUUGCGCGCGGAUGCGAGGGCGCUGCUUGACUACCAUCGUAUUGCCUCC